AGUGCAACCGGUGUCCUAUUAUGUUUAUAAGGAUAUUUUUCAUUCAUAUGAUCCAGCAUUAAGUUUUUAUCAACCAAAAAAGGAUCAAUGUAUAAAAUGUAAUGCAUACAAUGCCUCAUCAAAUAAAGAUUCCUUGAAAGAUGAGUGGACAGCACAUAAAGCCAGAGAAAAUGCAUCAAUGAAAAUGAAACAAAGUGACAAAAUUAAGUCAGAAGAGAAUCAUGGUGACUCUGCUAUUUAUUACAAGAGAAAAUUGAAUGCAUAUAAUUUCACAAUAUAUGAAAACCAUUCCAGAGAUGGUUACUGCUACAUAUGGGAUGAGUGUAAUGCUCAGAAAGGCAGCAAUGAAAUAGCUACCUGUGUUUUUAAAUAUUUGCAGUCAUUGCCUGACACUGUAACUCAUGUUUCUUCUUUCUCUGACACAUGUGGAGGCCAAAAUAGAAAUAAACAUAUCUGUGCUGCAAUGUUAUAUGCUGUGAUUAAUAUUAGCCACCUGGAGAUAAUAGAUCUCAAGUACAUGGAAUCUGGGCAUUCUUACUUGGAGGCAGAUGCCAUGCAUGCCACAAUCGAAAGGGCUAGAAAACACAAAAAAAUUUAUACCACACGGGAAUGGGCCUUGCUGAUUUCUGCUGCUAGAAUAAAUCCUAAGCCAUACAUUGUAAAUAUUUUGACUAACAGUGACUUUUACGAUUUUAAAUUAUUGACCAAGCAAGUAGUUCAAAAUACUACAAAAAAUACUGACAAAGACACAGUGAAUUGGCUGAAAAUUAAAUGGCUGCGAUUUACCAAACUUAAGCCCAAUGUUAUUAUGUACAAGUAUGACCUCGAUGAAGAAAACUUUAUGGAAAUUAAUAUUAACCAAAAAAGGAAUGCUAAGGCCGUGGAUUGGCAGCAAGUUAUUUUAAAUAAGGCAUACAAUAACACCUUGCCUAUCACAGAAGCCAAAAAGAAGGAUUUACUGUCGCUACUUGAAGCUCAAGUAAUCCCACGGGAUUAUGAAAGUUUCUAUCAUUCUCUACCUUCAAGUUCCCGCAUAUUGAGAAAAGAGGAUUCUGAGGAUGAAGAAUGA